AUGCCAAAUGCAGAUACAAAUGGGACAAUGGAAAGCCUAAUCCGUCGGAACAUGUUACUACAAAAAGAUAAUCUAGGACUCACCGGCGUAUCAAAAGAUGACGCUGCUCUCUUCUUACGAGACGCGGAGAUUGAUGCCUCAGGUGCCACAAGCCUAGGUGAGUUGAGUGACGCGAAGCACAUGCUCAAUAAUCUGAAUUCUGGAAUCAAGUUCGCAAGUCAGCAGUCACGCAACUUGGCUGGUUUAAGUGGCUUUGGUCAAUCGCCAAACAGUACCGCUCCCAUGUCACGUGCUCUUCACCCUAGUGCCUCAUCUGCUUUUGAAGUUCCAGAUGUGUUUGCAAAAGAUUCCCUCUUUCAAUUUGACUCCAUCAACGCAGACGAGUCUAGCCAGCACAUAGAAGCUAGUGCUAUAGAUAGCGUGCAUAACAAAGAUAUAGCACACCUUCCAAAAAGCCAGGAGCAACAGCUGGCUGAGGUGGAGCAGAGCUGUAAAGAUAGUUAUAUGAAAACAUAUCAAAAGGAGCUAAAUAACGCUCCACCCAAAGUAUCAAAGCAUCCUGUCUUGCAAAGGAAGAAACUCAAGAAGAAACGCCCAAAGGGCCUCGAGAAAAAGCCCUCGCCUGUGGAAUGGGCAUACGUACAAUCAUCACAAUCACCGCAGUCGCCACAGCAACAAACUACCGCUGCAGUCGGCAACGAGAAGCAAACCAAGAUAGAGCAAAAGAAACCUAUAACACAAAAAGCACAAAAGGGCCGGCGACUCGAGGGAGCUCAAAAGAAAAAGGGGAUGCUUGACUUAUCCAGUCAACAGAUAGAUCCUGACGUAUCUGCCUCGAGUUCAGAUUCUUUUCAUGACCCAUACUUUGCUGAGAGAGAGGCUCCAGUUGUACCAAAACCAGCAGUGAUCGCUGCAGCAGUAACUUCAGAAACAGCUGCGUCUGUCGUGGUCCAUAAUAUAAACACAGUGCAGAAAGAAGAGGCAGAUGCAAAAGUGUACUCAGUGCAGCCGAUACCACAAAAGGUUUUAGAGCAAAGACAUCAGCCCCUCCCCAGAAAGAACGUACAGAAACAUCACGAUACCGAGGCAGAGGAUGGCAUAGAAGUGAAACAGCUACGGAAGUUUUCGGUAAUUCAACCGCCAGAACGCUUCCACGAGGUUGUGGCAGGCAGGGAGCUGCCUCCACAGCAGGCCCCUGCCGAUCUGGAGGUGAUUAAUGUUCAAGCAAUUCAAGGACACACACAUGAUGAAGCACAUUCUGUUCAUGAUGUCUCCAUUGACCCUGCUACUCCAGAAAAACCAACUAACUCUGUUGCCAAUGAACUCAUGGAGUCUAUAAAUCUACAAGAAUCUACGAAGGACAAUAUCAGGAUCAUCGGUGUAGAAGAUAUACGCAAGAGCCAGUACCGUCCUAGACGGAGCAUGACAGCCAUUGGCCAAGCAAUUCAGCGGAAUAUAAGCUUAGUUAGUAGCAGUGCAAAGUCCUCAAACCUACUGAACAUUGUCCCCAAUUCCAGAGAGCACACAUCAGAUCCAUCCAGAUUUCCUAUCUCAGUAUCUCCGCGUGAAGCAUCUGCUGAGCCUCGGCGCCAAGAUGAGCAUGCAAAGACAGCUGCAAAAUCUAUAGAUAACACUUUAACAAUGAUGGACUUACAGCCAGCGUACAAGAAUGGCAAGAUCGUCCUAACUCCACCGCCUCCCCUACAGCACCCAAUCGAGCUGGAUAAAGGAGAUGAUCAGGGCAAUAGAUACGCUACUGAAGGCACAUCUAAACCGUUUACGGUUGCCGAUACCACUGAUUACAUAGACCAAACGGAAUCAUACAGGCAAAGUGGCAGCUUUUCUUCAAAAGUACCAGCGAACGAAAGCAUUGUAUCGGGUCUAGUUGACGAGCCGGCAGAACCAAGUCGGAAGAAGCCAAAGAAGAUAGAUAUGGCCCACCUGAACCACAGCACUGUCGACAGCUACUUUAGGAAGGAGCUAUAUGACGAGGUCUAUGGCUCAUAUAAACUCCGCAAUUUCCUUACCUCUGGGACAGGCUUAACGUUAGAAGAGAUUCGUCGAAGGUAUGGAGUACCCGUUAUGAAUGCCAAAAAAGUGCGGGAUAUUAAACUAGAAAACAUCCCGGUUGACCAUUCUUGCUUGCCCAGGGAUCACAGUACUGGGCGAAUUGUUGUCCCAGAACUUGAUAAGGCCAUUGGAGAAGGUUUGGUGUACGCAUAUCCGUCGGGAGAAAAACCCUACAUUGUAAGCGUCAAGGUCGCAUUCAUUCCGAAUAAGCCUCCUCGGCCUAAACGUCAGCAACCUGCCGACUUUAGGGCUGGUCUAGAAAAUUCUCAACUUUUCAUAAAAAAGCAAUCCGAACGAAUACAACGGAUAGUACAAAAAAAUAAUCUCAUAAUCAACGAGGAUAGAUUUUGGUAUACCAACAAAUCAGGAUCCCAGUCCAUCAAUGUCUUCAAGAGCUUUUCAGGGCUUUCCUUUGAGCAUUUUCAUGGACUUCAAAUGGCCAGAAUUAUUGAGGAACGUGCUGAUGGUAAGCGGCCAGGUGGGGCCAUGCUCUGGCACCUCUAUGGUGUCGGCCAAAGUGACCGUAUCACCUCAAGCGGAUACUGUAUUACCCAGCUAUCUCAGGGCUGGGCUAGGUUCUCUUUAUACGGAAACACAUCGGCCAAAGAAGGAGAGCUAACCGAGUACACAACUGGCCAGUAUGAGAGUGUUGCGAUCCCACGGGGAGUCAGGUUCUUUCUCUCGAUUUCACCUGCAGCAGAAUGCUACUUUCUCUGUUGCGUAGUAAACGUAUAG